CUUGCCCAUUUCUCUUCUCCUCCCCCCUGCCACCCAGUGACCCGGAGAUCGCGCAGCCAGCGUGCUGCGAUCCAUCGAGUCACAACGCAGAACUCCGGCCUGCGGGCUGCAGCACUAUGCUGCGGUAGUCGGCGGCGGAGCGGAUUCUCCGACCGGCCAUGAGGUCAUCACGAACUUUGAUGAUGAAAGCUGCAGAGUCUUUGUCCUGGUCGGACCUCCCUUCAGAGCUCCUAGGCCUUGUCCUUGAGCGCCUCCCCUCCCUAGCUGAUCGUGUUCGACUGAGAGCAGUCUGUCAGCCUUGGCGCUCCAAUGCUCGGCUGCAAUCGCCGUCCCCUCCCCUCCCGUGGCUCAGCCUCCUUGAUGGCACCUUCCUGAGCAUCCCAGAUGGUAAAGUUAUCCGAAUGGCUCUACCAGAUAAUGCCCACUGCUAUGGCUCCAUUGACAACUGGCUCUUCCUAAUGCAAAUCGAUGGAGGGUGCUCAUUGAUGAAUCCUUUCUCAAAGGCCACACUGGACCUUCCUAAGCUAGCCGCUGUUUGGUGCCGUGAUUGGUUGAAUUCAGACAACAGAUUUACAACGCUUUUCUAUAAGCUGGUGGUUCCCUCGCCCCCGGACUCCUCACCAGAAUCCCUUGUUGCUGUGCUGAUCGUGGAUGAUGUUAAUUGCAGUACAGUUUGUAUUUGCCAGCCGCCAGUUGCUACCGACUUGUCUAGAGGAAGGGGCAUGCAACCGUCUUGGUCCUUGUUUGACGUCGCAUUCUUCAAUGGGAAGCUAUAUGGAACUGCUUUUGGUAAGCUUGUUUCCUUUGAGAUUGGUUAUGACCUUGGGAGUAAGCCGAAGAUCUCAGCCACUGACUGCAUAAUCAACUACAGGGAUGAUAUAUGGGACUUGCCCGAAUCCUUAUCCAGAGAGAGGUCAUAUUUUUUUUUACUAGGCAAGGCCACAAAGGGGCCAGCCGGUGCCACCAGAGGUGGCCUGGGAACGCGCCACAGAGGGGCCGCAAGAGAGGUCAUAUAUGUCUAGGGAAUAUCUUGUUGAAUGUCGUGGUAAACUGUUGAGGGUUGCACGCUUUAUUCAGGACCAUCCCGGUCACGCAAGUCUUCUCUUUGAGCAUGAUCGCACUAUUGCAUUUAGUGUCUUUGAGGCAGACUUGAGCACCAAUCCUGCUCAGUGGAGACGGGUCAAUAACUUGGGCAGCCAGGCGCUCUUCGUUGGGCGGCAUUGCUCUAAGUCUUUCCCUCCUGGAGAGUACAAUGGAAUUCAAGAGGAUUGCAUAUAUUUCAUGUGUGACUAUACUUUGCCAGAUUAUGCUGUGGAUCCUCUUCGUGACUCUGGCGUUUACAACUUGAGAAAUGGGAUGAUCACCCCGUUGCUGUCACAGACUGCAACAGCACCGCAGCAUCAUGGUGGCCAGCGGCGUCCAACAUGGUUCUUUCCUGCUGAUCCUGCUGAUUCUAUAUAGUCAAACCAGCUUACCUUGUUUAGUGUAUUGGGAUUAUGUAACUCUACGUUGUUUGUGCUCUUAAAUGUUAUCUGAUGUCUACUUAGCGCAUUAGUGUUUUGUUGUUGAACCACAUUAACUAUUAUCUACUCAUCAAGACUCAUGUAUUAUGUUCACCACCUAUAUAUGCUCUAUGCUAGUCUCUCUUUU